AUGUCGGCGGACAGUGAACGGACGACAGCUAUCUACGGUGGCGGCGGCCACCACAUCGAACCCCUUCGCGGACCCGAAAACUUUGUGCCAUGGACGGUCCGGAUGGAGGACAUCUUGGACGACAUGGACUACUGGCCUAUUGUUAAGGGGGAGCUAAAGAAACCCGAAAACGAUAAGGAAGACAAGUGGACAAAGAAGGACCACAAGACACUCACCCAGAUUCACCUCUGUGUCUCGGAGGCAAUGAUCCCCUAUAUCAUGUCCACAAAGACGUCGAAAGACGCCUGGGACAUGCUCCAGGCGAUGUUCAAGGUCUCCGGACCAAUCGCGGCUGUCCUCAUCCGGUGGAAGCUGUUCCGCUACAUGAUGGAGGAAGGCUCCAAUGUCGAGGAGCAGAUCUGCACGCUGCGCGGUUACCAAGAACAGCUCGUCGCGCUCGAUUCGGCGGUCAGCGACAAGGACUUCGCAUUCGUCUUGCUCACCGCCCUCCCAGACUCCUGGGACCCAUUCGUCAGCGCGCUUGACACCAGUGAUCUCGAGAUGAACAAGCUCAUUGGUCGCAUCCUUGCGGAAGACAACCGUCGGAAGGCGCGCGCGACCACCGAGACGACACUCUUUGCGAAGAAAGGCAAAGAGAUGAAGAAAGGCAAGUUCCGCAAGGGCGUAACAUGCUAUAACUGCAACAAAGAAGGACAUCUCGCGUCAGAGUGCCGUGGACUGAAGAAGAACGCUGGCAGCAGCAAGCCAUCGAAGGUGCAUCACACCCUCGAUCACAAUACGGACGACUCCUAUGAGUUCAACAUCUUCGACAAACAGACGUUCUUCCUAUUCACUUCCUACCACGAGACGCCUGAUGGCAAGAUCUCGGGAGCCGGCUCGUGUAGAGCACUCAGACGCGAAACUGUCUCUGUAAUCUUCAAGGUCGAUGGACGCAACAUCUCGGUCACGCUACAGGACGCGAUCCAUGCACCUGACCUCCCAAGCAACCUCAUAUCUAUGGGACGACUCACCAAAGCCGGUUUCACCUUUGGCGGCUUGGGCGACAACUUCUUUAUCAAGAAGGGCGACCGCACGAUCGGACGCGGACGUAAAUUCAAUAAUCUGUAUCAGCUGGACGUCACCCCCGCCGUUUCGACCGCAUAUAUUGCGAAGACUGGACACAUCUGGUACAAGUGGCACUGCAUCUUGGGCCACCUCAACAAGGCGCAACUUCGCGAUCUCAAGAAGCACUCGGUCGGCAUGAACGUCAACGAGUCCUCAGACUUCGAUUUCGCAUGCGAACCCUGUAUUCAGGCGAAACAGGCUAGACGCCCCUUCCCGAAGGAGUCAGAGACGCAGUACAAAGACGUUGGCGAACUCACCGUGUUUGACACCUGGGGUCCAGCGCGGACCGAAUCAAUCCACUGCAAUCGGUACUAUGUGUCAUUCACUGACGCGAAGUCCCGCGAUUCCACUAUCGGCUUCAUGAGGUCACGCGAUGCUGCGCUCGACCACUUCAAGAAGUACAAGGCCUGCGUCGAGAAGCAAACCAGAAAGAAGCUCAAGGCUGUCCGCUGCGACAACGCGAAGGAAUUUGUCGACGGCAAGUUCAAGGCCUAUCUUGAUGAGCAAGGUAUCAUUCUUGAGAUGACGGCGCCGUACUCACCUGCCCAGAACGGGAUCGCCGAACACCUCAAUCGCACUCUUGUCGAAUAUGCUCGUGCGAUGCUCAUCGCGAAGAACCUGCCGAAGUUCUUGUGGGAAGACGCUGUCGCAUAUGCGUGCUUCCUGAAGAACCAGUCUCCCACGCGCGCACUGGGUGGGAAGACACCUUACGAGGCCUUCUGGGGCAAGGUGCCCAACAUUUCCGACCUACAUGAGUUUGGUUCUGAUGUCUGGGUGCUCAGGCUAGAGACCCAGCAGAACAAGCUCGAGGCAAAGUCAGAAAAAUUCCUGUUCACCGGUUUCAGCAAUGGAAGCCGGGCAUAUUAG